AUUUAUACAAUGAUUCAUAAUUAUAUACAUUUAGUAUUUGGUUUAACAUUAUCGAGUAUGGCACCGGCAUUUGUUGACUACAGGGAGAUAUUGCACACUGAGAUGCAAUGGAUAGGACUGUUUCCAAUGUUUCAAGCUAUUGGCAUAUUUACUGGAUCAUUUGUAACAAUCAUAUUUAAAUAUGUAAACCGUCAAAUCACCCUGUCCAUAUUGAUUGUGUUGCAAGGUUUGGGCACAAUAUUUCAGCCGUGGUCAACAUCAUUGUGGCACUUGUAUGGCUGUAUAUUUAUAUAUGGUGUGAGUGUCGGUGCUUGGAAUGGGUCCAAUAAUGUCAUACUAAUAGAAAUGUGGCAAAAUAGGAGUCCAUCGAUAUUACAGUUUUCACAAUUCAUAUACGGUAUGGGAACUGUUUUGGGACCACUUUUAGACAGAAACUUUGUUUUGGGAGAACAGAUAUGUCCCGGUGUUUAUCCCGAAGACUGUUUGUCACAUUUUAAUAGCACAGAUGCCUUAAACAUGACUACUGAUGAUGUUAUUAUGUUUCGCAAUCAUUGGCAUAAGUUUAGGACAGUUGACACUGAAAACGCUGGUAUACAUGAAAAUCUGUGUACACCUGAAUGUUUGGCAUACGAUCGUAGGCCACGGCUUAAGAUGCCGCUACUUAUCGGAGGUCUAUUGCAAAUGUUAGGUCCCGCUAUGUAUAUGAUUAUGUAUUUUUUGAAACCAUAUAAAAAGAGUAACGACUCAAACAUUGAGGUUAUAGAGACUGAGGCACAGAAACAACGGUAUAAAGAGUUUGUACCGAAACGUACAAUCAUUAUAUGUGUUUCCCUAUACUUGGCAUUUGGUAUAAUGUCUGAGAAUAUGUAUAUGGAUUUUGCGCCCACUUUCUACCAGUUCUGUCCGCUGCGGUUGUCGGCCAACGACGCCAGCGAAAUGUUUUCAUACGUUGGUAUGGCUCUGACCUUUGGCCGCGGUAUUAGUGUAUUCAUUGCACUUUACCUCAAACCCCAGCACAUGAUUGCCUAUCAGUCUGUCAUCGUAUUUGUCGGCUAUAUAUUCCAGUAUUUCUCUCAACACGACUACAAACUAUUGUUGGCCUCAUCGGUAGUCAUAUGUUUUGGUUAUUCAUCUAUAUUUAUAUGUUUGUAUUCGUUUGUCGGCCAAUACACCGAAGUUACCGAUAGGAUUGGCGGCCUAUUUAUCGGAUCCUAUAAUGCAAUCUAUAUGUUUUUACCGUAUUUUAUAGCCAAAUACGUUGAGGUAGUUCCCGACAGCUUUGUAUUUGUCGAGUUUAUCAGUAUGUGUUUGGCAAUCAUAUCAUUUAUUUAUGUCAUGUGGUCAGUACGUAAUGUACCGGAGGAUCUGAUCCGUAAACUGGGACCAAUUGGAGGACAUUAGAUCUGAAAAUGAUUUUUUUUAGUUUUCA